UUGACCUUCAGUCUCUGCCUUCACUUGCAGCAUGCUAUAAGAGUCACGUGACACACCUGAGCCUGUGCACUUGGCAAUAAACACGACCUUGUCCAUUUUACAAGGCCAGUGACAGUAUAUACUAUCUUACUACACAUACUUGAGACACUAGGAAACACAUUUGGUUGGGAGCUUAUACUAACUUGAGAGGGGCCACUCAUCUCUCAUGGAGGAGCCUGAACAGGACAUCAGGGAGACGCUGGCAGGUGAAAAUGAACAAGGCAUGAAUGCGAAUCCACACUUGUCAACUGAUCCAUGUAAUGGCAAAACUGACACCACCGUGGGUCCAGCGCUGGUGCUUAAAAUAAGAAUUCAAAACUCCAAAGAAAAUGACUUCAUUGAAAUUGAACUGCACAGACAAGAGCUGAGUUACCAGAACCUACUUCACGUAAGCUGCUGUGAACUGGGGAUCCACCCAGAGCAAGUGGAGAAGAUAAGGAAGCUGCCAAACACGCUGCUCAGAAAGGACAAAGACAUUCAAAGACUCCAAGACUUUCAGGAGCUAGAGCUCUUGGUGAAGAGCGGGAAGUAUGAGCACACUCGACACACGGUGUCACCUCUUACAGAGAGGCCCUGCUACAACAGCGAAGCUGCAACACUGACUUACUAGUUCCAGAAGAGCGGGGUCUGCAGUCAUCGCCAACCACGAAGCCUAGACCCACGUGACAAUCAGCUGACCACAUCUGAACUUUGGAAAAUUUCCCCAUUUCCAAGCUCUCUGAGCAGGAGCUGUUUACCCACAAGAGGCCAAGUGUAUUUUGAAGUGCCACACCCCAAUACUGACACUCGACUACUGAGCUGCAUAUACACCCAGUCCCACUUACCUAUGAAGUGGAUUCAGGAUCUGAGUAAACAAUCGGCUUAAGGCUAAGACAGCUCGUGAAAACAGCUUGCACCACUGUGGCUGGUGGCGGCUUCACUGGCUUACCGAACAAGGUUGGUGGUGUUCACAUCCCAAGCCAAGAGGACUCUUGGCGUGUUUUAGAUGGCUGUCACUUUAUAAGCACUCAGCUGUGACCUGCCCAUACCCACUCACCCAUCCGUCUUUACAUAGCCAUUUCUCCUCAAAUAUCAAGUCACCCUGAUCCUUGAGUUUAAUUAAAACACCAGGGCUCCUUGUGAACCAACACAUUCUAUUUGUAUUCUCAGUUCAGAGAGUUCACUGCUUCCUUAUUACCGACUUCCCAGCAGCUGAGAUUUGAUGUAAGGAUUACCCAACAGUCGGAGGAAAAUGGCUUAUAUGGUAUGUGAUUCAUUUCACACUCCUGCACCUGCAACGUGCCCGAUAUCCAGGUCUCUAAUGAAAGGGGCACUGUGAGAAUUUGUGUGCUCGAGGUGUCUAGCUCCAAGAUUCCGGUAACAGUGAUUGUGACUGGACAGGAUGGAUCCACAAGUGGUAACUCCCCUGUUUCACUUUCAAUAAUAAGGAAAAUUUAGGCAGAGGCUUGAGGCUAGUUAGGUUAAUAGCUAGAAAUCACUAUCUGUACAACACUGAGAACUGUUUUAAAAUAAAUGUUUAGAAAAAAUUUUAAUUGAUACACAGCAAAUUACUUAGGAGGGUAAUACUAUCCUAAUGGCAGAACGUAUGUAGGUGAUAUCCAGUGGCUACAGUAACUAAACCACAAGGCUAAUGAGCAAAUUCUUACCUGCUCCAAAUUAGUAAGCACACUUCAGUAUAAAACAAAAUGGGGGGGGGGGGCACACAUGGAGCUCUAAUAGCUUCUACUAGAGCUCUAGUAGGAGGUUUUGGACCUCCUGUGUAGCUGAGAAAUAACCCUGAACCUCCCAAAUGCUGGGAUUACAGCUCAAAGACCUAAAACAAAACUUGAGAGCUUCAAGAAGUGCACUAAAAGUUUUACUUCAUAUCUUGAAUGUAAAAACAGGAAACAACUCCACCAAAUAACUCUCAAACUUUUCUAAGUGAAAUGAACCCCACAGCAGAAUACCAGACCAAAAGCCCCGAACACAUGAGUUACAAUAAAAUCAACACCCUUGACUCCUAGAUGCACAAAAUCAAUCCGCUUAUUACAGUGAUAGAGACUGGUAAGUAAUCACCUCCUGUGCUGUGCUCACGGAAGUAGUCCAGGCCUAACUCAAGAGCUGCGAGGAGGCAGCAACAAGUGGUAGGUCAGUAGCUGUGCGUGUGAGGACCUGUUCUCCUUGCUCAUCUGCUCCAUUAAGAGCCUCAGCUUGCCAGGCAGUGGUAGCAUACACCUUUCUUUAAUCUCAGACCUCAGCCUGGCCUACAGAGUGAAUUCUAGGGCAGCCAGGGUUACAGAGAAACCCUGUCCUGAAAAAUAAAAAGAGCAAAUAAAUAAUAAAAUAAAUGGUCGCUCCUCGGCUUACCUAAAAGGACCCGAGGAGUGUGAUGAGGAGGAACGACCGCUAGGAACUAAUGCUUGGCUAUGUGAACCCUAAGCAUCUGUAGGGACUUUUCAAGUCCUAAUCACUUUUCUUGAAGAGUAAACAUUUUUAUUAAUACCUCGUGGCACUUAAACCUUCCUUGGAAAGCUUAGGAAAGAAAGGCGCAUCCAUCCCUGGCUGCUAUCUAAAUGAAAGGAAAGAUGUCGCACACCGUGCGCAUGUCCUGUAGGUAGUGUAAGUGGGGUGCUGUUCUUAGAACCUAAACAAGUGGGAGGAAGAUUUCCAAGUUCCAAGCUAGCCUGAGCUACACAGUAAGACCAUUUAAAGGAUAAAAGGGAAAAGUGUGCUUUUAAAAUCUUCCAUGCACUGAGGUUAAUUUAGUAUGUUUAUUAGUCACUACCUAUG